UCUGUGGGGCCGGGAGUGGCUGGGGUUCUCACCGUCCGCCGGGUGUGUGGAGUGUGAGGCUCGCACGGUCCCGGCUGCCCCGCGUCUCGCCGGAGCCGGAAAGGGCACGGGUCCGGGGCGAGGGCCGGCCGGGCGUGUUUGAUGGCUUCACUGAGAAGAGUCAAAGUGCUGCUGGUGUUGAACUUGAUAGCGGUGGCCGGCUUCGUGCUCUUUCUGGCCAAGUGCCGGCCCAUUGCUGUGCGCAGCGGAGAUGCGUUCCACGAGAUUCGGCCGCGCGCCGAGGCGACCAACCUCAGCGCGCACGGCGCCAGCCCCAUCCAGGACGCGGUCCUGAAGCGCCUCUCGCUGCUGGAGGAUAUCGUCUACCGGCAACUGAAUGGCUUAUCCAAAUCCCUUGGGCUCAUUGAAGGUUAUGGUGGGCGGGGCAAAGGGGGCCUUCCUGCUACCCUUUCCCCAGCUGAAGAGGAAAAAGCCAAGGGACCCCAUGAGAAGUAUGGCUACAAUUCCUACCUCAGUGAAAAAAUCUCGCUGGAUCGUUCCAUUCCGGAUUAUCGUCCCACCAAGUGUAAGGAGCUGAAGUACUCCAAGGAGCUGCCCCAGAUCUCCAUCAUUUUUAUCUUCGUGAACGAGGCCCUGUCGGUGAUCCUGCGGUCGGUCCACAGCGCGGUCAACCACACGCCCACACACCUGCUGAAGGAGAUCAUCCUGGUGGAUGACAACAGCGACGAAGAGGAGCUGAAGGCCCCCUUAGAGGAGUACGUCCACAAACGCUACCCGGGGCUGGUGAAGGUGGUGCGCAAUCAAAAACGGGAGGGCCUGAUCCGAGCGCGCAUUGAAGGCUGGAAGGCGGCCACCGGCCAGGUCACUGGCUUCUUUGAUGCCCACGUGGAAUUCACUGCUGGCUGGGCUGAGCCGGUUCUCUCCCGAAUCCAGGAGAACCGGAAGCGGGUGAUCCUCCCGUCCAUCGACAACAUCAAGCAGGACACCUUUGAGGUGCAGCGGUACGAGAACUCGGCCCACGGGUACAGCUGGGAGCUGUGGUGCAUGUACAUCAGCCCCCCGAAAGACUGGUGGGACGCCGGAGACCCUUCUCUCCCCAUCAGCCGGGGGCAGAAGGAUGCACACAGAUCACAGGUGUACAUCUGGACACUUCAUCCAUGCAUCUCUUCUGGACCGAGGUGGCAUCAUCUCUCUAUCCCAUCCCUGGGGGCCUCAGAGGCUCUGACACCAGCAAUGAUUGGCUGUUCCUUCGUAGUCAACAGGAAGUUCUUUGGUGAAAUCGGUCUCCUGGACCCCGGGAUGGAUGUGUAUGGAGGAGAAAACAUCGAACUUGGAAUCAAGGUAUGGCUCUGCGGGGGCAGCAUGGAGGUCCUGCCUUGCUCACGGGUGGCCCACAUCGAGCGGAAGAAGAAGCCAUACAAUAGCAACAUCGGCUUCUACACCAAGAGGAAUGCUCUCCGGGUGGCUGAGGUCUGGAUGGACGAUUACAAGUCUCAUGUGUACAUAGCGUGGAACCUUCCACUGGAGAACCCAGGAAUCGACAUAGGUGACGUCUCUGAAAGGAGAGCCUUAAGGAAAAGUUUAAAGUGUAAGAAUUUCCAGUGGUACCUGGACCACGUUUACCCAGAAAUGAGAAGAUACAAUAACACCAUUGCAUACGGGGAGCUUCGCAACAACAAGGCAAAAGAUGUCUGCUUGGACCAGGGGCCGCUGGAGAACCACACAGCAAUACUGUACCCAUGCCACGGCUGGGGACCCCAGCUGGCCCGCUACACCAAGGAAGGCUUUCUGCACUUGGGAGCCCUGGGGACCACCACGCUCCUCCCCGACACCCGCUGCCUGGUAGACAACUCCAAGAGUCGGUUGCCCCAGCUGCUUGACUGCGACAAGGUCAAGAGCAGCCUGUACAAGAGGUGGAACUUCAUCCAGAAUGGAGCCAUUAUGAAUAAGGGCACUGGGCGUUGCCUGGAGGUGGAGAACCGUGGCCUGGCUGGCAUUGACCUCAUCCUCCGCAGCUGCACGGGACAGAGGUGGACGAUUAAGAAUUCCAUCAAAUAGUGGGGAGGAGCUGGGGACCUGGAGACUGGCCCCCAGGGCAGGGUCUGCCCGUGCUCUGGACCAGCUACGCUGGUGGAGAAACAGCUGGGAGCCAGCAGGUGCUCGUGGGCUUCUCCAGGGCAGCAUGGCGGGGCGGGGCAGGUGGGGGGAGCAGGGGGCCAGAUGGAGACGCCGUGUCCACCUCAGGCACUCAGCUCCUGCACCCUGGGGAAGCGCCCCGCCCCCACCCUUCUCUGGGAACCCAGGCGCUGUGUCUUCUGCAGCCCAGAUGUGGACCUGGCACCGAGGAGUGAAGCACCCACAUCUCUGUCGUCACCUUCCCACCCGCUAUCAGGACUGGACUGGCAGGGCCUCUCCUCUUUCUCAUCUCUUACAGCAGCAGCUUCGAAUUCCACCCCAGCCCUCAAUAAAGUGGGGGAGGAGCUCAGCCACAUCCUAGUUCUCCCUGCUCAGAGGAGGCAGUGAGGCCUCAAGACUCAGUUUCCCCCGAGGUUGCUUCUGCCCAGAUGUCCUCUCACAACCAAGGCAGCCUCCAGCCCAAACCUGUCCAUUAGGUGGCACUGGGGGCCACAGCUCUGGAUUUUUCUGGUCCCUCGCCCCCUCUCCCCCCGAUGGCCUGGAGCUGACACUUCCAUGGUCGCCUGUGCAUUCACUAGGCUCCUAUGUUCCUGGGCCAGCUCUUCUGCCUGUGUCUGGAGAGCUGAGACAGGAAUCGGCUGAGCACACAGAGUAGGCUGAGCUGUGAGGGACCCAGGCUGGAGCCAGGCCAGUGCCGCUUCGCCUGCCCAGGGAACAGGGAGCCCUGACUCAGAGGCUGCUGCAGGGGGAGCAGGGAGGGGACUGGAGCUUACGGACUGGAGCCAGCACAGCAAAGGGGGCCAGGACCCUGGGGUCUGCUCUGUGCUCAUCUCAUUUCAGCCCACACUCUACUGGCUGACGGGGGAGAAGGCAGUCGAUUCCUCUCUGAAGAGUAAUAAUUUUUUCGAUUGCCCUCUGGUUAGGGUGCACUUAUAAAUCAGAGUUAAUAUAUGGACGUGUGUGCAUGCGUAUGAGUAUGUGUGCCUGUGUGGUGCGCGUGGCAGGGCGUGUGCAGCUGCAUGUGCGUGUGUGCAUGUGUGACGCCACGUGGCCUGUGCGUCUGGGUGCGUGUGAGUGUGGUAGAGCAGACGUAGAAGUAUGGCUUUGGGCUUGCGCUUCAUCGCUCACCUGGAUCAGGACAAGGCUGCUGAGAAGCUUGGGGGGUGGGGGUGGCCACACAUGUGGCCAGAAGGAUGUGGCUCAGCCUUGCCCAUGUGGUGCCCAGACAGAAGAAGGCUGUCCUUCUGCCAGUUCCCAUCCCUCUCCCUCAUGCUGUCCCCAAAGGUCAAGCCCUGCCCAGAACCAAACCCUGUAGUUGUCCAGUUUAGGGUUCAUAUGUCUCAUUUGGUGGCAUCUUGUUGGUGGUCAGCCCACUCCAUCUCCCCCUUGUGAAAUAAAUACAUGUGAGCACUUCCCAAA